AUGGACCCGAGAGCUGCCUCAGGGGAGGGACUACCGACGACCUUAGCCUCCGAGAAGGGCCUCAAGCCGAUGACCGACCUGAAGCGAUCCCUGGAGGAUAAGAGCAGAGCUCCCCCGAAUAAUACAUUGGUUAAAGCGUUUAAGCUGUUCUUUGAAACGCGAGUUGAUUCUCCCGGAGUUAUCAACUCCUUUCAGGCUCGGCUGUUGUCCAUGACAUGGAAGCACUUGAAGGCCCGGCAAGAAGAGUUGGACGAUAAUGACUGGCACAAUGUCUUCUCGGUAGAUAGUUUGGAACGGAUCCUAUUUGUGUUUUCCGAAGCCCAGUGUCUACCCGAGUCGCGUGAAACAGUCCUGAAGCUUGCUCGUUAUGCCUACCUCGAGCUUUGUGCUGAUCAUGGGUUUGGUCCCAACUCGAUUAGCCGGCCGGCGCUGUUGGUCUACAUCGAUCUUUUGGCUAUGAAUGGGAAUCCAGAGGACGCCCGACAGGUCAUUAUCAACUUUGGAGGCCAGCUGCGCGGCGCAAAGCCAUCUCCCUGGCUUACCGUUCUAAAAGGAUUUGCCAUGAAAGAUGACCGGCGCCAGCUGCGGAAAAUCACCCAGGAACUGGAGAAAUACGGGGUCAAGUUCGAUCAAGCUUCCCAUGAGGAGCUCGUCGAUAUUCUCAUCACACAGGAUCUGUUCAAAGCUGUGCAGACUGUCUACGAGUGUCCCGUGGCUGGCAACGCCGAGGCGUCAUUAGCUACUAAGAAGGCUGUGAUCGAGUAUGCAAUUCUCAAGUCGGAGACGGCAUGGGCAGCACCAAUCUACCAGUCUAUCCGUGAAGGUGCCACUCCUAGCUCGGAGACCGUCGGCGUUUCCUUGCUUUGGGAAGCGGCGCAGGGUGCCAGUGCAUCUUCGCUAGGCGAAAAGGUCAAAUUUUGGGCUGCAACAAACCCUCAGAUCAAAGAUGCACUGACGACUACGGAUAUCAAUAACCUUCUUCGGUAUGCCAAUGUACAGGAGAACCCGCAAUUAGCUAGUGCUUUCUUGAGCUUGGUAGAGCAGUUGGGACUUGCCCCCGAUGAGCAGACACACCUGUUGCAGCUGGAGUCGGCCAUCCAGGCUGGCGAUGUCGAGGCCUCGCUUCAGAUCUUGCAGAACCAGGUGGAUCCUACUUCUCUUCCCAACGCCAAUCUCACUCUUUCCAACCAACUCAUCACGAUGCUUUGCUCGUCAGAAAAGAAGGAUGAACUGUUCCAACAGAUCUCAUCCCUCUUAGAUCCACUAUUCCAGGAUGGUGUGCAUUUGGAACCCACCACUGUCGCAGCAUUGACUCGAAUGCUCCUCUACCGUCACGACAACGAGGCUGUUUCCGAACUGCUUCGUCCACGAUUGGCUACCUAUGACAGCCAAGGGAAGACUCUGAUUCGUACCGCCGUGACAGAUUUCAUCUUGGAUCUCAACGAGAAGGACGCAGACGUGUGGGAAGUAUAUGAACUGUUCAAACUUGCAUUCCCCGAGACGGGCGUCAGCGUGCGGACUGAAAUCAUGUCCACCUUCUUUGAGCGUAAGCGCAGUGAUCUGGCAGUCCUCGUUUUCGGCCACAUGCGCCAGGCAGAAGACCUGUCACGCCGGCCAAAGCCAGAUACAUAUGCGCGAUGCUUCCAGGGUCUCGCGCGGACUGCCGACGCGACCAACCUGGAGCUGGUGCACAACAUGCUCAAGCUUGACCUGGAAGUGGAGCUUACCACUCGGGUCCUUAAUGGCUUGAUGCUGGCCUAUGCUGCCUGCGAGAUGCCCGAGAAGAGCAUGAAUAUCUUCCGGCAGAUCUUGCAAUCAGACGAGGGACCGUCGACUAAGACGAUCGCGCUGUUCUUCAAAGUUUGCGAGAAGCAUCAUAAUGGAGUGCAAGAGGCAGUUAAAAUGAUGGGCAAGGUCAAGAAACUGGAGAUUGAGGUUGACCGUCGGCUGUACUCGUCGUAUAUCGAAGCGCUGGCUGCGCAGUGCGAAUUCGAUCGGGUGACGGAGGCUAUUAAUAACAUGCAAGCCGAAAUUGGAGUUCCUCCCACGAGUACAACGAUCGGGCUGUUCUAUAAUGCCAUCCCCUAUCAGUACUGGAAGGACCAGGUUGAAGAUUGGGCUCGCCAGGCGUACCCCGAGCUCUGGGAGCACCUGGCAAAGACGGAGCGCAGUGAACAUGAAGAAGGGCAGAAGUUUGACGGCAUCUCGAAUGAGGUCUGGGUGUAG